CCUUGUUUUCCGCACCUAGAGCGAGUGAAGAUGGGAGAUUACAGCAUCUACAAGCUUGGUGACUUCAAGCUGAAGUCCGGCGAAGUGAUUCCGAAUGCCUCCAUUGCGUACAAGACCUUCGGACGGCCGGAACUACCUGCUGUUAUAUAUCCUACCUGGUUCUCUGGAUUAAUCGCCGGCAACGAAUGGCUCAUCGGAGAGGACAAAACUCUCAAUCCGAAAGACUAUUUCAUAAUCAUUACUGCGCUCUUUGGCAAUGGCCAGUCUUCGUCCCCAUCAAAUUUGCCAAACCUCAGACCUUUUCCGGGAGUAUUGUUCUAUGAUAACGUGAGGGCACAGCACAUCCUAGUCACCGAACAUCUCGGGGUGAAGCACGCCCGUGCUGUUCUAGGCUGGUCAAUGGGUGCCGGCCAGACUUUCCAGUGGGCGACCCAAUAUCCAGACUUCAUGGAUCUAAUUGUGCCUUUUUGCGGGACAGCAAAGACUAGUUUGCAUAAUCAGGUCUUCCUUGAAGGUGUAAAGACGGCAUUGCUUGCAGCUAAAGGGGCAUCGUCCGCCGGUGCGGCAAAGGGAGAGACCACCGCUGCUGACAAGUACCGCGGCUGGUCUGACGAAGAAAAGAAGGUUGGAUUGAAGGCCUUCGGGCGAGGCUAUGCGGGCUGGGGAUUCAGUCAAGCCUUCUACAGAGAGAGGCUGUAUGAGAAAGUGUUGGGGUUCAAGAGUCUGGAAGAUUUCAUGGUAAACUACUGGGAAGCGUGGGCAUGUUCAAAGGACCCGGAAAACCUGUUGGUCAUGCUGCACACCUGGCAAGCCGGAGACUGCUCGAACCAAGAACCGUACAACGGAAAUUUCACCAAAGCAAUGAAAGGCAUCAAGGCCAAGGCUUUGGUCUUACCAUGCAAGACAGACCUCUACUUUCCACCGGAGGACUCUGUGAAUGAUGUGGCCAGUAUGAAUACGGGCAUAGGGAAGUUGGACGUCUUCCCUAGCAUCUGGGGCCACUGGGCCGGAGGUCCCGGAGACAGCAAGGAGGACAUGAAAUGGCUGGAUGAGAGGCUUCAUACGUUCUUUGAGACAAGUUUGAGUUAGGCGGAGUGGAGCAGGGCCUGAAUUGCAUUAUCGGCCCUCGGGCCGUGCCGUAGGAUGGUCGAUUGAAAUUGCAGGCAUCGUGAAUGGAGGCAGUGAAGCAUGAAGACGGUAUCUUGAAAAGGGAUGGUGGACGCGUAGGGCGCGAUCCGAGAGCCGUCGGUGAUGAAAUGGGCCGACACGCGUGGUCUUGGCGCGGGCG